AUGGCCCACCGCGUGCACGACCACCCGAGCCGCCUGCCAGUUGCCCAGGCCACUGUUCUCACCCUGCCAGCUACUAGUCAAACCAAGGACUUGAGGACCAGAUGGACGGCGCUGGAUUCUCUGUUGUGUGGCGCGUUCGCCGGAGCCGUUGCCAAAACUGUUAUCGCACCCUUGGAUCGUACCAAGAUCAUCUUUCAAGUGUCCUCAAAUCGGUUUUCAGCAAAGGAGGCAUUCAGAGUCAUCUACUGCUCAUACGUGAAAGAUGGUCUCCUCAGCUUGUGGCGGGGGAACUCUGCCACCAUGGUGAGGGUUAUGCCCUACGCAGCCAUCCAGUUCUGCUCCCACGAACAGUACAAAAAAGUUCUAGGGGGCCACUACGGCUUCCAGGGAAAAGCUCUUCCACCCUUCCCGCGUUUCCUCGCCGGCUCGUUAGCCGGGACCACCGCCGCCAUGCUGACGUACCCACUUGACAUGGUGCGCGCUCGCAUGGCAGUUACAGCCAAAGAAAUGUACAGCAACAUAAUGCACGUCUUUGUGCGCAUCUCCCAAGAGGAAGGUUUUAAGACCCUCUACAGAGGUUUUACACCCACGAUACUGGGUGUCAUCCCCUACGCUGGAAUCACAUUCUUCACUUAUGAAACCCUUAAGAAACUCCACACAGAAAAGACAAAACGAGCUCAGCCGUACACCGUUGAACGCCUGGCUUUUGGCGCAUGCGCAGGCCUGAUUGGACAGUCGGCCUCAUACCCUCUGGACGUGGUCCGGCGGCGCAUGCAGACGGCCGGUGUCACCGGCUCUGCUUGCAACAGUAUCUUGGGAACCAUGCGCGAGAUUGUGAGCCACGAGGGCGUCGUGCGAGGACUCUACAAAGGCUUGAGCAUGAACUGGCUCAAGGGGCCCGUGGCGGUGGGCAUCAGCUUCACCACCUUCGACCUAACGCACAGCCUUCUUCUCAAAUUUCACCAGAUUGGCUUCUCUACCCACUGA